AUGAGGGUCAUGGGCCUGGAUGACGGUACCGACCGGGAAGUGGGGGCGGCCGCCGUGGCACAGCACGGGCGGAUCCGGAUCGGCUGGCUCUCGGCCGCUGUGGAACUGCUGCGGCAGAAGCCACUCCGGUGCUUCCGGUGCCUUGAGACCGUGCACGUGCUGGCCAGGUGCUUGCACGAGGAGGACUGGAGUGGCUUGUGCUACCGAUGUGGGGUUCCGGAUGUUCGGCGGCCCCACACUGAGUGGUAUGCGCAGCGGCGGUAUUUGGGGCUUGACCUGGACAGUCGUUGGAGCUUCCGCGCUCAUUUCCGGAACCUGGUCCCUCGCCUUAUGGCAGCCGCCGGCGCUCUUAGCUGGCUGCUGCCAAACGUGAGGGGCCCGGGAGAAGGUUCCCGCCGCCUAUACCUCGGCGUGGUGCGGUCCAUGGCCCUGUACGGGGCCCCCAUCUGGGUGGGGGCCCUAGGUAGGGAAAAUGUGGCCUGUCUUAACAGGCCACACAGGGCCAUGGCCAUCAGGGCCAUUAGAGGCUACCGCACCAUAUCCGGGGAAGCGGCGGGUCUGCUGGCGGGGUCUCCUCCGUGGGACUUGGUAGCGGAGCUCCACGCGUCAGUG